AUGACGGCGCCAGAAACGCCUGAAGAAUAUGAAGCCAGGUUAACAAAGCAACGUGAGCGAUACACACAGAUGAUAGCGUCAGAAACGCCUGAAGAAUAUGAAGACAGGUUAACAAAACAACGGGAGCGAUACACACAGAUGAUAGCGUCUGAAACGCCUGAAGAAUAUGAAGCCAGGUUAACAAAACAACGGGAGCGAUAUACACAGAUGGUAGCGUCAGAAACGCCUGAAGAAUUUGAAGUUAGAUUAAUACAAAGCAGUCAAAGACAAAGACAGCAGUUGGGUUCAGAAACGCCUGAACAUCGCGAUACGUGGUUAAAUAAACAACGAGAGCGUACCCAGCAAUGCAGAGCUAAUAAUCUGCUGGCAUUCGAGAAUGCUAUUAACACAAUUUGUUUACAUGUUUGUGAUAUUUGUACCAAACGUUGUUAUCCUAAUCAAGUUCGUAAAUAA